AGCAAAUGCGUGAGAGAGAGAGAGAGGGUGAAGCUGGUUCCCUUUAUCUAAAACCGGCCGGGACCUGGUUCGGUUCGACCGGCGGUUCAGGCCGGUUCAUCGGUUCUACAAACAAAAAAGGAAAAUCAUUAACAUCCUUACAAAUUUCAAUUUCCUUUCUUUUACUCUUGUUUCAGUAUUUCACUAUUUCCUUUCAAAUAAAUACAGUAUCAGAGCCUCAUUUCUUUCUUCAUAAUAGAAUCUAGCCUGACUUAGGGAUAAAGGAAAAGAAAAAGAGAAUUCGAUCAAAUCCCUUGCUACCUUGAUGGCCAUGGCUGCGAUUCGGAGCAUCAACACAGUAGCAGAGGCUAUGCCCCGACUCACCAGGUUCUCUCUUCAAGCCCCAAAAUUGGUGGAGGUGGAAUUUGCCGAUGGUCGUGUAUUCAAGUUGUCGGCUGAGUUUCUAAGAAUAAACAGUCCUGCGGUUGAUGGAAAAAUCAGAUCAAUUGGAGGUGAAAAGGUAAUAUCUGGGAGACGGCACGUGGGAAUCAUGUCUGCAGAACCGGUAGGGAACUAUGGGGUAAGGCUUAAUUUUGAUGACUUGCACAAAACUGGAAUCUAUUCGUGGGAUUAUUUCUAUCACCUGGGAAGUAACAAGUUUACCCUCAUGAGAAAUUACAUCAAAACACUGAAGAAAUAUGAGCUUAGCCGGGAUCCACGCAGAAAAAAAUGAUGUAGGCAUCCGCUUCUUGAUUGGCCAAAACUGGUUUGAAAUUGUGUCAGUUGACAUCAUGAAACUUGUGUUUGUCUUUGGAUAGCUUCAUCUGUUGAAAUUGAAAAACUGAAUUUUGUAUGAGAUGUGAAGAAUAUUGUUUCAGUGAAGUAUUCAUUAAUUAUGAAAGGAUGAAAGAAAUAAAGGAGUAUUCUUCUUGACC